AGCGCAGCGCGCAUGCGCAGAAGGGAGAGGUAUGGUUGAAAACUCGAAGUCCAUCGCGCUCAGCAGAAGAGGAGCAGCACAACUAAAUGUGACUUAUCUAAGCAUCAUCAUCCUCAUCACAUCUGCGCCUCCGGGAGACAAAGAAGAGACGAACUCUGAAGCAGCAAACAACGGGGUCAGAGCCUCCCGGAGUGAAAUGAUAUCAUUAUUAUUUUAUCUCUCGACGUGACGACUGUUUGUCUGCUUCUAAUGUUUCCAACCCACUGAGACCAGGGGGAUUUAUUCCUUCUUUUGUUCUUUGCUUUUUUCAUUGACUAUUAAUAAAAGCAGCCCAAACGAAUAAAUACGGGUCAUUAUGGUUUUGUUUACACUGCAUAAUAGAAGAGGGUUGAAUUGCUUGUGCGCGCAGUUCUUGCUGUGGAUUUUAUGUGCUGUGGACGGUGAGGAGCAGCAAUUCAGUGUGGAGACUUGGCUGCAGAGGUAUGGCUACCUCCCUCCGACCGACCCCAGAAUGUCCGUCCUGCGGUCAGAACAGACCAUGCAGUCUGCUAUCGCUGCCAUGCAGCGUCUCUAUGGCCUUAACGUCACCGGUGAACUGGAUAAAAACACCAUUGAUGAUAUCACCAUAAGCUGGAUGAAGAAGCCAAGAUGUGGGGUGCCAGAUCAGUUCGGCGGCGCCUCGAAAUUAAGCGUCCGAAAAAGACGUUACGCUCUCACUGGGCAGAAAUGGCAACACAAACAUAUCACAUACAGUAUAAAAAAUGUCACGCCUAAGGUGGGAGCGGAGGAAACCCACAACGCCAUUCGCCGGGCGUUCGAUGUGUGGCAGAACGUCACGCCGCUGCGUUUCGAGGCAGUGCCCUACAGCGACCUGGAGCGCAACAAGAAAGAUGUGGAUAUUACUAUCAUUUUCGCCUCAGGUUUUCACGGUGAUAGCUCCCCCUUCGAUGGGGAAGGGGGGUUCCUUGCACAUGCCUACUUUCCCGGUCCGGGGAUUGGAGGAGACACACACUUCGAUUCGGAUGAGCCCUGGACUCUGGGGAACCCUAACCAUGACGGGAAUGACCUCUUCCUGGUGGCAGUACAUGAACUGGGUCACGCGUUAGGCCUGGAGCACUCCAACGACCCCACUGCCAUCAUGGCCCCCUUCUACCAGUACAUGGACACAGAGAACUUCAGACUGCCACAUGAUGAUCUGCAGGGCAUCCAGAAGAUCUACGGACCUCCAGAUAAACUUCAUCAGCCAACGAGACCUCUACCAACCAUCCCACCUGCCCGCUCGCACCCUCCCGUAGAUCCACGCAAAAACGACCGGCAGACACGGCCUCCACGAAUACCGACCGGCGACAAACCACUGCACCCGAAUGCUAAGCCAGACAUCUGUGACGGCGACUUCAACACGUUAGCCAUCCUCAGGAGGGAGAUGUUUGUGUUUAAGGACCACUGGUUUUGGAGGGUCAGAGAUAACGCUGUGAUGCCCGGUUACCCCAUGCUCAUCAACGUCUUCUGGAGGGGUCUGCCACCCAGGAUCGACGCCGUCUAUGAGAACAGCAAGGGCAAAUUUGUUUUCUUCAAAGGCAAGCAGUUCUGGGUGUUCAAGGACACAAUGCUACAGCCUGGUUACCCGCAGGACAUCUCAAUGUUUGGAAACGGCAUGCCAGCGCAGAGUAUAGAGACAGCCGUCUGGUGGGAGGACGUGGCCAAGACCUACUUCUUCAAAGGAGAUAGGUAUUGGAGAUAUAAUGAAGACUUGAAAAUGAUAGAUCCUGGCUAUCCCAAGUCCAUCACUGUAUGGAAGGGUGUCCCAGAUUCUCCACAAGGAGCAUUUGUGGACAAAGCUAAUGGUUUCACUUACUUCUACAAGGACAAAGAGUACUGGAAGUUCAACAACCACAGGCUGCGGGUGGAGCCCGGCUACCCUCGCUCCAUCCUCAAGGACUUCAUGGGAUGCGACCUCACACCCAUUGACCCUGACAUGCAGCCGACUGAGGACGAGGAUGUUGUGAUUAAACUGGACAGCGAAGCCAGUACGGUCAAAGCCAUCGCCAUCGUCAUUCCCUGCGUCCUGGCGCUCUGCCUGCUGGUGUUGAUCUACACCGUCUUUCAGUUCAAGAGGAAGGGGACGCCCCGACACAUACUGUACUGCAAACGCUCCAUGCAGGAGUGGGUGUGAGUCACACGGCCACAAGACACAGUGGCGUAAACACCCUAAACUUGCGGACUUUGGCUCUAAACCUGUGUCUCGCUCAAGGUGAACAGCGAGGGCCUUUGCUUUGAUUCCCCCCUCUUGGAGACGAGGGGUGCAUUUCCCUCCAAAACUCCCUUCUCUUGUCCCAUUGGCCCCGGUGCACCCGCUGUAGGAGGUUUGCGGGAUUGCAAGGAUCCCACGGUGCAUUGCGCCGUCCAGUGCCACUGUUUGACGUGGAUAUCGCCGAUUGCUAUAACUUUAGGUUUUACAAGUGCAACGCUGAAAAAUGAAAAAAAUUAUGAAAAUGUUGCAGGAGCCUUUUUUUCUUUUCUUUUUUUGUACUUUCUAAAUUUUCGCUUGGAUCCAAUCUAUUUAUGUUCGAACAGUAAUAUUUACAAUUCCCUUUACAGCAUCCCAAACCAAAUAAAGACUCCAAAGAGGCUCUUUUUUCUUCUUUUUACGUUUAUAUAUACUUUUUUUUUUACUCCCCCGCUCUAAAUAUUUUGCAAUGAUAUGUAGUGGGGGACGUUUUGACUGUUGUGGCAGUCUGUCUUAAAAAAACAGGGGCCAAAUUAUUCUGCAAUAUUUUUAAUAGCCUUAAUUAUGGAUUGUGUUUGCUUAUGUUUUUGUUUAUUUGUAUGUUUUUAAGCACCGCUUUGUUUGUCCUGUCAGAACAGCAGUGCAAUAUUGCUUUGCUCCCUUUGAGAUCGAUUUUCGUCCUCAUUUUCGCCUGGGGCUGCACUGCAGGGCUGCCCGGCCGCUGGAAAGGGGCGGGACUCCUUAACCUCUGCCUAACAUAUCAGUCGAAACAGACAGACCAAGCCACUGCAACAAUGAAUACUUUAUUGCAUUUUUUUUCUGUCUGACGGUAGAAUUGCAACUGCAAAGGAAGUGCUUGAACAAUUUCUCGUGCUUUACGCUCACUCGUUGGGUCGUAUUUACAUGGACAGUGAUUUGAGAAUUUGUUUUGUCCCUUUUACCAAAAGGUUGUUGUUCGAGCAUGCCAUCUCCUUCGGACUGCCUUGUUUUUAGGUCUGGAUGGGAUCCUAGAACCUUGACAUAUGAAUCAGAACCACCAGAGCAACUCAGGACAGCGCUUGAUUCAAAGUGUAUGCAAGCCUUCACAUCCAGUCCCGUGUCUUUAAUAUUAACCGAGAAGAAAAUCAAGGGUACUGUAUAUCAUGUCACGUUUCACCAUUGCUUUCGAUCGGAUGUUUCUGCAAUUGGAUUGGAUGAUUUUUUUUUAACUUGCAGUUCGGUUCAUGCCUUGCAGUCUGACUCUAGAUCAGUCCUUUGCAUCGAACAGAUGUCCGAACAUGCAGUUAUUUGCUUGCAUUAGCGUUUUUUUAUGUUAGUUUCAUUUUUUUUUUUUGCACAUUUGAAAUGGCCUCAACCUCAACUUUAAAGUGGUACUUAAAGUGCCAAAGCUGUCAUCUGGCACGUUUCCUUUAGAUGCAAAAAAAAAAAAAAAAAAAGUAUGUGAUCUGAAGGAAAACAAAUGCGUGUUUUUGGCAAGCAGUGUUUGAAUGUGUGUCUGUAUUGAUGCUAGCAUUUUUUUUCAUUCAUUGUUUUAUGAAGAAAAGUGGAAAAAAAUUCUUCAAAUUCAUGUACUUCAUGACUCGGUUUGGGACGAACUGUCCUGACAGACUUAAUAAAUUAAUCAGUAUAUGAUUAAAAUGCA